AUGUUUUGUCAUCUCUAGCUUCACUCGGCGCUUCUUUUCUCUCCUUUUCAAAGCAAAUCACCAACUGAAAAUGCGCUGGCAUUUUAUGGCUUUUUCGCUCAAUUAAUUGUGUUAAAGUGUGUAAAAUAUAGCAAAACCAACAUGCCACCUCAACUGGAUCCGAUAAGCGUCCGCACGGCGCGGCUGAACAACCUGAUUCUGGGCAAAGGAGUCGGCGUCUGUGCGAAACCCGCGGGAAAUGCCAGCGGAUCAUCGUCCUCCGUUUCAUCCGUCAGGAGAAGCGUAGUUCCUGUGAGCACCACCAGUGCCGCUGUGGCAGAGGCCGUGUGCCGGGAAGGGCUUCUGGAUGCCUUUUGUCUGCUGUACAACGAAUGCGACAAGGACGCGCUGAAGAAGCGGGAUCGCAACAUCGCUGAGUUUGUCAACAAAUUUCGUCCCAUCGUGGAGGAGACCCGCAAACUGCGAGUGAAUGCAGAUGACUUCCUAAUCAAGGGGCUUAUUGGUCAGGGCUACUUUGGAAACGUUCAUCUGGUUGUGGAGCGGCAAACCAAUGAUAUUUACGCCAUGAAAAAGAUCAAAAAGUCGGUGGUCACCACGUCUCAGGUCAAGGAGGAGCGGGACAUCAUGUCUAUUCGCCAUUCCGAGUGGCUAAUUAAUCUGCAGUAUGCUUUUCAGGACAACGAUAACCUGUACUUGGUGAUGGAGUAUAUGCCUGGCGGGGAUCUGCUCAGUUUGAUGUCACGUCAUGGCCCUUUCGACGAGGACUUGGCUCGCUUUUACCUGGCCGAACUCACUGUUGCGCUGCACACACUCCACGAGAUGGGCUAUGUGCAUCGGGAUAUCAAGCCAGAGAAUAUACUGAUCGAUCGUUUUGGGCACAUUAAACUGGCAGAUUUCGGCAAUGCUGCUGCCCUGGAUCGGGACGGACAUGUGCUGAGCCUGUCGCCCGUUGGAACACCCGAUUAUAUUGCUCCCGAGCUGCUGCAAACCAUUUCGACCUACAAACUGUCCAAGUCGAUGCACGAUGUGAGUAGAACUGUGAGCUGCGAUUACUGGUCCAUGGGCAUCAUCGGUUAUGAGCUAAUCUGCGAAACCACGCCCUUCCACGAGGAUAACGUGCACGAGACCUACUCAAAAAUCCUCUCCCACUGCGAGGAGAGUCAUCUGAAGGAGCUGAUCAACUUUCCCAGCGACUUGAAGGUAUCGCACAACUACAGGAACCUGAUUGAGUCCCUGGUCACGAAUCCCUCGAAGCGUCUGUCCUACGAACGCAUUAAAAAGCAUCCCUUCUUCGACGACAUUCAGUGGGGCUCCAUACGCUCACAGGUUCCGCCGAUUAUUCCAACGAUCAAGUCGGACGACGACACUUCGAACUUUGAGGAUGGAACGCGACACAAGUCACGUCGGGAGCAGGGGGGAGUGGCCAAAAGGUCGCUGUCAACCAACAUGAAAUCGAAUGAUUUUAGUGGCAAGGACUUGCCAUUCAUUGGCUACAGCUUUGUGCACAUGGAGAAGACGUCACUCACAGCUGGAAAUGAUGAAAAGUUGCAGGAGAAGCUAAAGGAGCUUUUGCAGAAACUCAAGGCCAGGGAGAAUGAGAUUUCCAUGCUGAAGCAGGAUCUCAUGCGGGCACAGCAAUCCCUCAAGAAGACGGACAAUAAGUCACAGGUCGUCAACGAUGCUAAAAUGGAAAUCAAGAAGCUGCAGCAUAUUAUCAAGGAGAAAACCAUGGAGUUGGCAAACUGCAAGACCCAGAUCAAGACGCUUCAGAGCUCGGCGAAAAUAGACGAGGAAAUGUGGUCGAAAAAGGAGGCCACCAUCACAGAUCUCCUACGGCUAAAUCGCCAGAAGUACGAAGAGGCCAAGAUUGCCUCGGAGCAGAGAUACGAAAAGCAGUUGGCCGACAAGAAACAAGAACUAGCCGCCACGCUGCAGAAGAUGGAUGCCCGGGAGCUGGAGUUUAUAGCCAAGAACGAUGAGUGCCGGCAUAUAACCCUAAAGUUGGAGAACUACAAGGACAUGGUACAGCAGCUCAAGGAUCAGCAUCUAAAAUCCGAGGCCAACAGCGAGGAGCAGAGGCGCCAGAUGGCCGAAUCGUAUGAGCAAAAGCUUUCGGAACUGCGGAAAAAGGUGCGCGACUCACAGGACACACAUCGUCGCCUCACCAUGGAGAUGAAGGAGAUAAGAACCGAGAGGGACGAGUCGAUCAGCUCUAGCAAGUCUACCCAAGAAGCAAAGGAUGCCACAGAGCGAAAUAUCGAACAAAUACUGCGUCGUCUCAACCAGGAGAUUGCCUCCAAUAAUGCAUUGAAUUCGGAGAAGGUUAAGCUGGAAACGAAGCUCAAGUUAAAGGAAAACGAUAUGCAAGAGGUGAAGGCCGAAUGUCAGCGACUUGAGCGGGAACUUCAGCUCAUUGAGUGUCGCUGCCAACUAGCCGAGUCCUCGCUGGCUUCCCAAGCUUCGCCAUACGAAACAGCACCUGGCUCUCUGACCGAACUAAACGUGGUGGAAGACCAACUGCGCGCUGACUUGGAGGCAGCCAAGGAGAGCGAAAAUCACCAGAAGGGACGUGCCGAUCAAUUGCAGGCGCUGGUCACCAAGCUAGAGCAGAUGCUGGAACGUUUCAACGAGCAGAGUCUAUCGCCUACCAAGUCGCACUCCGCCCGUAAGCCUGGAACCGAGACUGUUGGCGAUAUGCUCGAGCGCCAGAACGAGAAGCUGGAGGAUAAGCUGGCCGCCGUGCAGGAGCAGAUGAUUGUGGAGCGUCAGGCGGCGCGGACAGCUAAUCUGUCGCUCUGGAAGGUGGAGAAGCAGCUGGAGGAGGCGCUCUCAGAGAAGAAGCUACUGGCCCGUCGCAUGGAGCUAACUGAGGAUCGCAUUAAGAAGGCCCAAAAUGCCAACGAGGAAUCCCAGCGGAUGCUGAAGUCGUCGCAGGAGGAAACGCGCCAGCGCGAGGCUCGGAUCGAGGAGCUGAAGCAGGAGCUGGCUGCCGCCAAGAGGGAUGUGCUAAAGGAGCAUCGUCAGUGGGAGAAGGCCGAACAGGAGCGCAUGAAGUGCAAGUCGGAGAUAAUAGAGCACUUGGCCAAUGUGCACAAGUUGCAGCAGCAGGAGACUGAGGUGCGUCAGAAACUGAAGCAGGUCCAGGCGCGCUUCGAUGGACUGACUUUGGAGAACAAGAACACUCUAAGGGAGCUUCAGGAGGAGCGAGAGAGGUGCCGGGCAGCCGCCGAUUCCAGCCUGUCGCUGAAAAAGGAGCUCAAACAGCUUACGGAGAACUUCCAGAGGCUGAAAUACGCCUGCAGCAUCACCGAUAACCAACUAACGGAGGUGGAAACGAUGCUGAAAUCCGAGCAGGAUCGAAACAAGUCCCAAAAGUCCCAGUUGGAUGCUGUCUAUGAGAAGCUGAGGGAGCGAAACGAUCAACUUACCGAGCUGCGAAAGCAAAUGGCUGCCAUUGAGUCCGAGAAGCGUCUGGCCGAACAGCGGGCCCAAGUCCUGGCGUCCGAGCUCGAGGAAACCAGACUCCACCUCAAGGAUCAGCAAAAGAAGUUGGUUUCCCAGCAGGAUCAGUUGGUGGAGCAGACAAACGCUCUGUUUGCCACCCAAGAGCGCGCAGAUCUCUUGGAUGGUGAGAAUGCCAAUUACCAAGUCCAGACCGCUGACUCUGUGCGAGAAAUGCUCAACCUAAAGGAGGAGAAUGCUCGCAUUCUAAGCGAACUUUUCCACAAGAAGGAGGAGGUGAGCAACCUGCAGGCAGCUGUCAGAGAUCUGGAAUCCGCUCAGGCAGACUUGCAUGCAGAGAUCGAUUCCCUGCAGGACACCCUGGCCGAAAAGGAGCAGUUCUAUGUGCAGAGGGACAUCAAAUCCAAUGCCACCUUGGCCCAGCACAAGAAGUUGAUAGAUUACUUGCAGCUCAAGGUGGAGGAUCUGUCAGCAAAAAAGAAGAAAACCCUGGCCGACAAGCUCUUUGGUUCCAGCCACACCAACAAGGAGAAUGUCUCGCCCAACGAUGUGGAGUCUUCUAUACUCUACCGAGCGCUAAAGGAGGAACUGAAGCGCGAACAAAAGCUGUCGAGCAUGUUGAAGGAGCAAAUAGCGCAGUUGAAUGGAACAGCAACCCUGCGCUCUCCUCGCAAGACAUCGGCAGUUAAUGGUGACUCGGAUGCCCCAAAGCAGCGACCCGUAAGCAUUGCUGUCCUGCCGCGCUCCCCUCAGAAGCAGGUGGAGUCCCUGAAACGUACUGCAAGCCACGUGGAACUGAAGACCACCGAAAAGACAACAAGCAGUGUGGAGCAGGCGCAUCAUCGUUUCGAAUUGGCUCUGCAGGAGUCCAAAGAAGGUGCCGCGGACUGUGUGGUCUGUGGCCAAGCCAUCGUGGCGGGUUCACCCUUCUGGAAGUGUAAGGAGUGCAAGGAUGUGACGCACCGCAAAUGCCGGGCCAAUGUCCAGGGAAAUUGUGGAACCAAGCAGCCAACGGCCCCGCCAGCCGAUGAGGAUCUGGGUAGUAUUCCUUCCGGGUCUUGCAUUAAUCUGGAUAGCGAGGAGAACAGCGACUAUAUAGGAACCCUGGUCUAUAGCUGUGAUGGUCCCGAGGAUGCUGAUCAGGCAGCCAGAAAGGAUAUCGAGGUAAACUGCGCCUUUGAGGUGGCCGAGCAGCAGAUCCUUCUGUUGGGCUGCAAUACGGGCUUGUAUGCAUAUCACUUGGACUCGCAGCGACUGCUCCACAUCAAGGGCAUUGAGUCCGUGAGCUGCAUGUCCAUCUGCCUGCGCCUGGCCAAGGCUAUUAUGGUGGAUACAGUUGGCGAGAAGCUGUAUCAGUGCGACUUCCGGCAGUUGGAGUCGCGUUGCCACAGCUCUAGUGCCUGUCACAAGCCCGUUUUGGAGACCUCGGCCAUCGAGCUGCCCUUCGCGAAUCGCACAUCCUCGGAAAAGUGGAAACUGGUGCUGAUUUCGGACGAGGCGGAGAACGCCUUGGAUUCGGUGGCCAUUGCUGCUACAUCCACCAGAAUUGUCAUCUUGAAAUACGAUCUUAAAGUGCACAUGUUUAAGCCCGUUCGAGCCUUGGACACUGCCACUCCCGUCACUUCGAUAUUCUUUACGCGCCACUCGGCCAUUGUCACCUCGGACAAGUUCUACGAGAUCGAUUUGGUCAACUAUGCGGCCGAGGAGUUUGUAGAUCUGGCCGAAAAGUCCAUGCAAAACACUGCCAAAUGGCAGCCAUUGACGGCCGUACGAAUUUCUCGGCAGGAAUACCUGCUUUGCUUUGCGGAGAGCGGCGUCUUUGUGGAUGAGUUUGGUUGCCGUUCCAGGCCGUACGACUUGAACUGGAUGUAUGCCCCCACUGGGUUUGUCUACCGCGAGCCCUUCUUGUUCGUUUCCCACUACCAGAGUGUCCAGAUUAUCCGUUUGCAUCGAUCCUUUAGCAAGGAGUUGGCCAACGGAGAAGACAAUAGCUCGGAGACAUCCGAGUCGCCGGAACUGCAGCGUGUCUACUUGCCCCACUACAUGUCCACUCUGCUGGCGAACAGCGGAGAUGUCAAUCUGUAUACGCUCUCGAUUGACAAGAGGCCCUGUAAUGGCACACAGAAGAUCUAUCACUUGGACACGAUCCAGGCGUUCAAGAAGAAGCUGAACAUUUCCCUGGAGACCAUUUCAUCGAUGGCCACAACAGUGACCAGCGGCUCCACGAUGACAGGUGAUAGUGUAUAGAAAAGGGAAUAUGAAAUGUAAAAGGUACUACAGUGUCUCAGUAGUAAAUAUUUUUUAAUACUUAAUAUAAAUUAUUCUUAAACCUUAAAGAAAAUCUCAGAAAUCUAUGGACCACUUCUUAACCAUUUUAAUUGAAUUUAAUUACAAAAUUGAACUUAUUGUAACCACUUUUCCAUUUAGUUUUUAACUUUUACUUAA